AUGGUCAACGGGACACAAUCUCGUGGAUUAGGAACCAAAGCUAAAUCGUUGUUAAGCGAAAGAAUCAGAUCUCAUCUUAUGACCAAAAAAUGUCUAAUGGAAAUCCUUACAAAAUAUAAUAUACCCUGCAAGCCAAGCAUGAAAAAAUCAGAAAUUGUAGAGAUCUUUGAACGAAACAAAAAGCGUCUACAAAGUUUAACAUUUGAUAAUGAAACAGGACACUCAACAGAUCAAGAAUCUAAUAAUUCUGAUGACAAUAAUGAAGUAGAUAAUGGUAAUGAAUCCGACACAACGGUUGUAUCAUAUAAUGAAAUACCAUCGAAAAUAACCGGAUCUUAUAUAAUUAACGGAACCACUACUAUUAUUCAAGAACAACAUACUACAACAACCCAGAGACAACCUGCUACAACAACUCAGAGACAACCUUCUACAAUCCAGGAACAACUUGCUACAAUAACUCAAGACCGACUAUCAUCGCUAUCGUCAAAUAAUGCUAAUGAACCGCCGCCACCUAAUAUUGUUGAUGAGCCAUCUUCAAAUAAUGCUGAUGAAUCCCCGCCAUCUAAUAUCGUUGAUGAAUCACCUUCAAAUAAUGUUAACGAAUCACCAUCAAUAAAUGAUAUUGAAAGAUCACCAUCGUUACGAGUUAUUUAUGGAAAUACGUCGCAUGAGCUACAUCACCAUCUUCCAAGAUAUUGUGGAGCUGGAACUAAAUUUAAUAGUAAUGAUUAUUUCAGAAGGACAAAUCGAAGACUAAAUCUCAAAGUUUAUAAUGAAUCAGAAUGGAUCCAAAAGAAAAAUAUACUCAAAUCCAUUGCCUUAAUUAUUAUUAUGGCUCUAUUAUUUUGCCACAGAGUUAAAAAUUCAACAGGAUAUUGUCAUAAUGGUGACUCUAAUUGGAUUUGCACACCAUGUCCUGAUUCAUCUAAAUGUAUUGGAGGUAGAAUAGUUUCAUGUGAUGAUGGUUAUAAAUUAUCGAAAUCAAUUUUUUCUCUUUAUGAUAUGACAUCAACCUAUUGUAAAGCUGAAAUGAGCGCCAAAGAAAAAACAGCAUUAUAUUCCGAAACAUUGAAAAAAGCAGCUACCACUCAAAGUCAAAAUAAUAUGGUUUGUGGUAAUGGUGUAAAAAACACGAUGCUCUUGCACAAUCUUAAAUCUCGAAUAAGAGAUCAAAUGUAUGAAGAUUCAGACGAAAUCUUUGAAAAUUUUAUUGGGCAUGGUUUAGAAGCGUUAAAAAAUGAUCAUGAUUUAAUAAUUCGUGAAUAUGGAAUCAAUGACUAUUUAAUUAUCCCUAAAGAACCAAAUUAUACAACCAUUUGCAGAGCAAGAAUUUUUUUGAAGGAUGCAGUCACAAAUCAUCCUUUUUAUACUAUAGUUGGUUCUGUUUCAUUUGUCAUAUUUUGUUCGUUGUGUAUUUAUAUAAGAAGACAAAAAAAAUAUAGACAAUUAGUUAUUCAAGCAACUGAUCACUUACUUUGUUCGAUUCGAUUUGAACCAGAAGUGGUAUCUUUACAAUGGCGUAAUUUAAUCUUAAAUAGAUUACUUCAAGAUAAAACACUUCAGGACAAGAUCUGGAUCGAAGUGGAAAAUAAUGUUACAAAACAUAGAUUCGUGAUGUCAAGAAUUGUUUUAUACAAUGGCAAAGAAUCGUAUUGUUUUAAAUGGGUAGGAAGACGAUAA